UAAAAAACGUCAUCAAUCCCCAGCACUCAAAAAUGUUGAGUUGAAACUAUAGUAUAUCAAAACUUUCAUUUUUUAACGAUUAAUACAUAUCAAUAAAAGCUUAAAUAAAAGAGCAACGCUACAUUCUACACUCUCAUUUUACUAAGCAAAUGUAAGAGAGUUUAUAACUCUUAAAUAAGCUUUUUUUUUUAAACAAAACCCCCACAUCGUAAUGCGAGUAAAAUGAGGGAAUACUAUGUAGUAUUACUCUAAACAUAAAUAUACACUCACUUCUUUACCUCUCAAGCAUGCUGAAUCACCACUUUGAUAUACAUUCCUUCACUAAUUCAUUUACAUAACUUACAAUUUUCACAUAUUCCCAUAGUUUAACUUCCUUCACAUACCUUCCUUCACGCAUUCAUUGCCCUAUCCAGAAUUUGUUUUACAACAUCAAGCCAAAUCUAUUCCCAUAAUCUUCUAAACUUUGGGAUGUUUCUCAACUUCGUAUCCAAUUCAACCUUCUUCUCCCUCUCAUAUAUUAUCCACCAUUUCCCCCAUUCCUUCCACAAAACAUAGUCAUCUCUUCUCCCUCCACCAAAUCCAAACCCCCCCAAAAAAAAAGAAAAAGAAAAAAAUCCAAUCCACCUCCACAAAAUUCUCCACACUAUCCAGCAAAUUCAUAUUCUAAAUGGAAGUCUUGAGAAACCUAGAGAGAAAAGUCAGAAGCUUAGCAAAAAAACGUCGCCAAUCCCCAGCACUCCCACCGGCUCAACCGCUGCCUGAACCUAAACCCCCAACCCAAAUCAUGUCAGAGCCACCAGCGCAAACCCAACCUCUCCGACCAUUCCUCUUCCCCCGAAUCCAAUCCACAGUCCUCCCUGAUCCCACCCUCUUCUUCUCCCCAGCACUCCUAUCAGCCCCACUCCCCACAAACUCUUUCUUCCAAAACUUCACCCUAAAAAAUGGUGACCAGCCUGAGUACAUCCACCCCUACCUCAUAAAACCCUCCCUCUCCUCACUUUCCCUCUCCUACCCAUCUCGCUUCUUCAACUCAGCUUUCAUCUCCCAGAUUUUCAAGCUUGACCUCACCAUCUUCUCCUCAGAAAACACCCACCCAGAUGCUCAAAAAACGCACAUUAUCUCCUCCUCCAGUGAUCUCAGUGUCACUCUAGACUUUCCCUCUUCCAACCUGAGGUUCUUCCUCGUCCGGGGAAGCCCGUUUCUGACUUGUUCUGUCUCCGGCAGCACCGCCAUUUUGAUAUCAACCAUCCACGCCAUUCUCUCAUUUUCAUCAAACACUGCUCUUACCAAGUACACCGUCAAGCUCAACAACGACCAGACAUGGCUCAUAUACACGUCCUCGCCGAUCAGUCUCUCACACAGCCUCUCUUUGAUCACUUCUACUGGGUUUUCCGGCAUAAUUCGGAUUGCAGCAUUGCCGGACCUCGAUCCAAGACACGAGGCGAUUCUCGACCGGUUCAGUUAUUGUUACCCGAUUUCCGGUGAUGCCGAAUUCACUAAGCCAUUUUUCUUGGAAUACAAAUGGGAGAAGAAAGGGUGGGGUGAUUUGCUAAUGUUAGCUCACCCUCUCCAUCUUCGGCUACUAGAUCGUGACAACUCUAAAGUUACUAUCUUGGAGGAUUUUAGGUAUAAGAGUAUUGAUGGUGACCUUGUUGGUGUUGUUGGAGAUUCGUGGGGAUUGAAACCAGCCCCAGUCCCUGUAAAUUGGCAUUCAAUUAGAGGUAUCAAAGAAGAAUCAUAUGCUGAGAUUAUCUCUGCACUUUCUGCGGAUGUUGAUGCUUUGAAUUCGACGGCAAUAACAACCAAUUCAUCUUACUUUUAUGGGAAAUUGAUUGCAAGAGCAGCAAGGUUGGCAUUGAUAGCAGAGGAGGUGUAUUUUUUUGAAGUGAUUCCUAAGAUAAAGAAGUUCCUGAAGGAUACAAUUGAGCCAUGGUUGGAUGGAACCUUUAGUGGGAAUGGUUUUAUGUAUGAUGCUAAGUGGGGUGGAAUUGUCACUAAGCAAGGGGCAUUGGAUUCUGGGGCUGAUUUUGGUUUUGGUGUUUAUAAUGAUCACCAUUAUCAUUUGGGUUACUUUCUUUAUGCAAUUUCAGUUCUGGCCAAGAUUGACCCUGCUUGGGGGAGAAAGUAUAGGCCUCAAGCAUAUUCAGUUAUGGCAGAUUUUAUGAACUUGGGAAGGAGAUCAGAUUCGAAUUAUACGCGUCUAAGGUGCUUUGACUUGUAUAAAUUGCACUCUUGGGGUGGAGGGCUAACAGAAUAUGGUGAUGGGCGGGAUCAAGAGAGCACAAGUAAGGCGGUGAAUGCUUAUUAUUCAGCAGCUUUGAUGGGGUUGGCCUAUGGAGACACACAUCUUGUUGCAAUUGGAUCAAUGCUUGCAGCCUUGGAAAUUCAGGCUGCUCAAACAUGGUGGCAUGUGAGAGAGAGUGAUAAGAUGUAUGAGGAGGUUUUCGCUAGAGAGAACAAGGUGGUGGGUGUAUUGUGGGCUAACAAGAGGGACAGUGGACUAUGGUUUGCUCCACCUGAAUGGAGAGAGUGUAGGCUUGGAAUUCAGGUGCUUCCCCUAGUGCCAAUCACUGAGGUCUUGUUCUCUGAUGUUGAUUUCGUGAGGGAGCUUGUGAAGUGGACUUUGCCUGCUUUGGAAAGAAAGGGAGUUCGAGAAGGAUGGAAGGGAUUUAUCCAUGCCUUGGAAGGGAUUUAUGACAAAGAUGGUGCUUUAAAGAAGAUCAAAAACUUGAAUGGUUUUGAUGAUGGGAACUCUCUCACUAAUCUCUUAUGGUGGAUUCACAGCAGAGGUGAUGGAGGGGGAGAGGGAGGAAAGCACGAAUGGUUUGUUCACUAUUGUCACUGAAUUUGUUUGUCUUCUAACUGGGUUGAGUUGAAUAAGAUGUCAUAUAUGCAAAUAUGAAGUGAAACAGAGGAGCAGAAAUAUGAAGGAAAUAAAGAAGAUAAACGAGAGAAUGAAGAAUAGAAGAGGAAUAAGAGAGAAAAAGGACUUCUUGUUUAUCCCUAAUAAUACAAUGUAUCUAUAUUUAUAAAAAAGACAAAUGAAUAUCAACUUUAUUAUAACUAAGAGAGAGUUAGAUUUGUGACUUACAGAUUGAGGUGCGGAAGGAAAUCCAUUAGAGCAAAAUAAAAAAAGGGAAGGAAACAGAGUUUCUCUGCUUCAU